GAUUACCUGAAUUUGCAUACAUUUGAAUAUAAACAUGAAUUUUAAACGACAGGUAUCAAAGGCUUGUACCAGCUGAACAGCUGAAGUGUCAUGACACGCGAGACAAAAUGGAAGCGACAGUCGACUUGAUGUACUGGCUUCCCUGAGCUGUAUUCGGACGAAUACAGAGCCCUACACAAAAUAAUAUUCUACAGUCCUCAAGAAAGAGCGUGACCUCGCUUCUCAAGCAUGGUCACUCAACACUAAUUUCAAAUCCCGUUGUAUUGUGGUGAAUUAUAAACUACACCCGGCUUUAAUACGAUGAGCACAUGUGAUCAUCAAAUCGACGAAUCUUCGCGUCUGGUGAACCCAGUUCUGAACGCUUCGCCGGAAGAUAUUGGUCGAAUGGCGGUCGGCAGCAUUAAAGUUUACAAAAGAAGGUGGUAUAUUUUAAUGCUUUUUACGCUUCUCAACGCAACAGGGAAUAUUCUGUGGAAUACAUGGCCUCCAGUUCAAGAGACAUGCCAACUGGUGUUUCGUUGGGAUAAAACGAACGUGUUGAUUAUCGGCGCUUUACAAGCGCUUGGUUCAAUAAUCAGCAUAGUGCCGUCCGCAUGGCUUUUGGACACAAAAGGUCUUCGGUUUGCAGUCAUAUGCUCCAUGUCACUUCAAACCAUCGCUGUCGUCUGCGAACUCAUCCCGUCCCCUCCCCAUGUGAGGACCGCGCUCAUCACGUUUGCCGAGUUCUUGAUUUCAGUGGCGGUACCCGCUGUACAAAAUGCGGGCGUGCUUGUGCUGUCCGCGACCUGGUUCCCGCCACACGAGCGCAUGACCGCCACUGCCAUCGCCACACUGGUUUCGUACCUUGGGUCGGCGUUUAGCUAUAUCGUGGGUCCAAACCUCGUACCCGAUGUAGAUUAUGGCAACUUAACUCAUUAUCAAACAGGAAAAGGCAUCGAUAUCAACAAAUUGAGGAAUAACACCACUCCGGAACAAAUGAAAUUUCUUUUGACUAGAAUAAACGACUACUUGUUCAUCGAGGCUGUUUUAGUUGGAGUAUUAUUCUUCGCGGUGCUGAUUUAUUUUCCCGCCAAACCGCCCAGCCCACCAAGCUUGUCGUCCGCUGCCGGGCGCCUAGAUUUUGCUUCUGGCGCCAAAACUCUGCUCACAAACCGGUCAUUCUGGUUACUGUUGUUAAUCUUCAGUCUCAGUAACGGAGUGAACUGGGGAUGGUCUAGUGUUCAGGACCUUAUCUUCUCUGGAGUUGGGAUUGAUCAGAAGACCGCUGGCUGGUUAGGAUUUUGGGCUAACGUUGCUUCCCUUCUUGGUAUAUCCUUUUCUUGGUAUGCCGAUCGCAUUCAGAGCUUCACCAAACCAAUCUUAGUCUUCCUCUUUGUCGCUACAGCCUGUGCUCAAACAGUCCUCUCUCUAGCGUGCGAGGGGGUCAUACUUCUAACAAAACCCGUCUUUUAUGCCUCGGGCAUCUCACAGGUGGUUCUGUUCUGUGGAACUGUUCCCCUCAUCAUGGAACUCGCUGCCGAGUGCACAUAUCCGGUCGCUGAGGGAAUCACGUCCGGUAUAAUGAUCUUAUCCGUGUACGUCAUCAAUUUUGUUUUCUUUAUCGCUUUCAUGUUUCCGCAAGCGAGCCCGCGAUGGAUGAACUGGUUACUAGUCUCCUCGACAGUGGUUUGCACUCCGCUUAUAGCGCUGUACAGGGCAAGAUACAAACGACUGGAUGUGGACGAAUCAAAACAGAGUUGAUGUCUAUGAUAGCAUCUAUGAAAAAAACAAUAUCUCCAAGCAAUGCGGUAAAACGAAAAGUUUAGCCUCACUGGUCACAUCUGUACAGAUAAAUGGUAGUUGUACACACUCUUAUAUAAGUCCCUUUUCUCGAUGUCCUUCUUUAGAUCGAGGCUCUGUAGGACAGUGAACGUGCGCAUGACACAGAGGCCUGUAGGCCUUACGAAACUUAUUUGGAGUGAAGGAUUUAGAAGGGAGAAUAUCACCCACGCUUUUUGGAGUAUUUGCUACAGAUUGAAUUAAAAUGACCUUUCUCUA